CAUCCCUCCUCGCGCCGGUAUCUCCCUGCUGCUAAGCUGAGGUUGUUCGGAAAAAAUAAAUAAAUAAAUAAAUAAAACGAAGAAGAAGUAAUGGAGAGAUCGCAUAAUGCCAUCAACGUUGAUGAUCACAGUACAGAUCUUCUAGCGCCGAACGAGGAGUCCGCAGCUUCGUCUUGGCGUCUCAACACGCACAAGUUUCGAUUUCCCGAACAGACGAUCUCCGAUGGCCGUCAACACCCCAUUACUCGCCUCUCUGGCCUUCUUUUCACUCCGAGGAAACAACGCAGGGUUUCAGAAUACUACAAAAAGCAAGAAAGGCUUCUUGAAGGGUUCAAUGAAAUGGAGACAAUUACUGAAACGGGUUCUUUUCCUGGAAGUCUGUCUGAGGAUGAGAUGAAGAAGCUUGCAAGGAGUGAGAAAUUUGCCGUUCAUGCAUCAAACAUAGCUAACAUUGUGCUCUUUGUGGCAAAGAUCUAUGCUUCAGUUGAGAGUAAAUCAAUGGCUGUUAUUGCUUCAACCCUGGAUUCACUCUUGGAUCUGCUGUCAGGGUUUAUUUUGUGGUUCACUGCAUAUGCCAUGAAGAAACCAAAUCAUUAUCGGUAUCCAAUUGGGAAGAAUCGCAUGCAACCAGUGGGUAUCAUUGUUUUUGCAUCUGUGAUGGCAACUCUUGGAUUGCAAAUCAUUCUUGAGUCUGUCAGGCAAUUCUUUACAAAGAUUGCACUGUACACAAUUAGCACCUGGGCAAGAACGGUAUUGGAGAAUGUAGGUUCACUAAUUGGAAGAUCAGCUCCUCCUGAUUUUCUAGCAAAGUUGACAUAUCUGAUCUGGAACCACCAUGAAGAAAUCCAGCACAUCGACACUGUUAGAGCCUACACUUUUGGUUCUCAUUACUUCGUGGAGGUUGACAUAGUGUUACCGGAAGACAUGGUCCUAAAUAAGGCACAUAAUAUUGGUGAGGAACUACAACAGAAGCUGGAGCAACUACCCGAAGUAGAGCGAGCCUUUGUGCAUAUUGACUUCGAGUUCACUCAUAAACCUGAACACAAGGCCAAGGUGUAAAGGUAAUACCAGUAAUGUCAUAUUUCUAAGACUGCGCCCCACUUUGGAGACUUAUUGACUAAUUUAGAUGUUAAACCAGUGGAGUUUAUUAAGCCUGAUUUGGAAUUAAAGUGGCAUUCGUCUU